CUUUAUUUACCUUUUUACUUUGUUAUUAUAGUAAAUUGCGGUAUUUUGUUAUUUAAAAUGCUGUUGAAGUUUAAUAUUUUUAUACGCAGUAGAAGCUUUUAAGGUAUUAGCUUUAAAUAAAUACAAUAUUGUUAAAACUAAUUGCAUCCCCAUACAAGAACAGAAAUUGAUUGAUUUGACACUCAUUUCUCAAAAAAAUAAAAACGAAAUUAAACUUAGUAAAAAGUUAUAAGUAUCAAUGUGAAAGAAUUAAGUAAUACGAAUAAAAUAUUCUUCUUAGUUUGAAAGAGAAAUUCAACGAGAGAAAGAAGCCAACGAUGAGUGGGGACUGGGAACAACAUCAGGACAACACAAUCAGUGAAAAUGAUAACCUAUUGGGAACCCCUUUUACUCACAAGGACGGAAUAUUAAUGCCGCCAAGUUUGUUGGAAAGUAUGGAAGGAUCAGAGUUUGAUAACGAAGGCGUAGAGAAAGAUGCUGGUAUUGAAGAACAAGAACCUGAUAAUCUCAUGUUCGAGCCACUCGACGAAGAAGGUGAAAGAUAUUUGAGGGAAAAUAUGAAGUUGCCGCCAAUUGGUGAACUAUCUUUGACGAAAUAUUACAUCAACUUCCACCCUUCCAAGAGCGACACGAGUUCUUCGGUGAAUUCUGUCGGUCCGUGGUGGAGUCAGGUGGAGUACGACGAUCUGGAAGCAUGCGAGUGUCUGACUGUGAGGAGACCACCGAAGAAAGUGGAGAUUCUUCCGCUGCAGCCCAAGGCCAGGACGUACCCUCGUACACUGGAGCUGUUGCAAGAAAGACGAGUGAUAGAGCAGAAGAACCAGGAGCAUUGUCGUUCUCAAGCUAUUUCUAACCUUGAGAGGCAUAUGGUUUCUUUAUAUAACCUUAAGCACCAGUACAAGAGAAGCGAUGUCAGAGGAGGGUGCCGAGGAGCACCGGUGUCACUGCCGCCCUUGGUUGUCCCAGACAAGUUGACACUUCAGCGAGACGCUCUACUCGCCAGGAUCAAAAGGAAGAUGUUUGAGGACGAGUCAAAAAAACAGCAACGCAUGGAAAGAAGACUGGACAUUGUUAAGAAGAUUCUGGGUGAACAACGUAGGAGAGUCUUCAGGAGGGAAUUUGACAAGAGAAGUCAACGGAAAGAAGACGUAACCAAGCGUGAUGUAUCGCUGAUCGAGGCUGAAGAAAAGCAACAGUUUGUGGAUGAUUUAAUGUCUGGACAAGAUGAUAGUUAUCUGAAAGGAGAUGAGUAUUUUGAGUUUGUCGAAUCUAUUCCUCAGAGCGAACAACAUGAGCUGGAGCAUCCAGAGACGUCUGGGGGAACAGAGAUGACUGAGAGUCCCAGAAAGGUCAGUGGGAAAAAACAGAAAGACAAGAAGAAGAAAAGUUUGAAAAACUCAGAGAAAAAAGGUGCUAAAAAGAAAAAUAAGAUCUCACCACCACCAGUGGUUGCUGCUGCCAUCUGUGAGGCGGAGCCUGAACUGCCAGCAAGUGAAGUGCCGGAUCUUCUGCUCUGGUGUAAAGACCGGCGGGAAGUUAACACGGAAUACGAGCGUCAAGUCAAAUAUCUGGAGUCGCAGAUGUUACCGCUGGAAACUAACGUGGUCAUGAGUCAGACUAAGGUCAUAUUUCCGGAUGUGCGGCCAGGAGAGAGGAUGAUGAGGCAGGUGACCGUGACCAAUGUAGGGCAGUCACUGCUCAACUGUAGAGUAGCUGGGGUUCAGUUUGCGGAAGUCAUGGACUCUUCACCCAUAUUUAAGGUGGAGUUGGAGGGCUCCAGUAGAGCUAGAACUGGCAAUGGCUGGACUCUGUUGCUGACUCUGGAAGCUCUGGAUGACGUGGAGGAUACAAGGGUGGAGGUGCGACUGCUGUUCUGCAGAGAUGACUCAGCCAGGAGUCAGCUCAGUGUGGGAGUAGAAGUGCUGACGCCGAGAGCUAAACCUUCCCUUAGCACAUCCUAUAUCAGGUUCGGUUCGCAGGUGUUCUGGAGCCCAAAGGUGCUGACCAAACAGCUGGAGAUCUCGAACACAGGCAGCCUGGGCUGUGAGGUGCGCUGGCUGAGUGUCAAUGAUUAUGCUGACGAAACAAGAACCACUCAAGUCAGCGGUCAGCAAGACAAUGAUGCCGACGUGACAUCUCAGCGAGGAUCCAGCCUCAGUUUGACAUCGGACGCGGCUCGCAUAGGCGAGGAAAUGGUGGACAUCGCUUUGAGAAACGUGUUCGACGUGUUCCGAGUUUCCAUCUGGCAACCCACCUGGCUACCGCCCAAGUCUCAGAUCACGGUGCCCGUCACGUUUGUCCCAGGCUUAGCACCCGGCUUGGGAGAAGUGUUCUCCAAGUUCAAUUUCACGUUUGAAGGCAAAAAUGUUGAUAACCCAUCGCAGGAUCUGAUUGUGUGUGGAAGAUUGGAGGACUCUGUUUUUCGCGUGAAACCAAUCGUGUUGGACCUGAGGGUGUGUUACCUCGGUGGUGUACAGCAGGGACAGUUUAGUGUGUACAGCGCAGCCAGGGCCGUCACAUCAGUGUAUGCGCGGGUGCCUCGCCCUCUGGCCCCUUACGUGGCGGUACUGCCCUCCCAGACCUUGAUACAGGCACGUUCCGCUACCACUUUGACUGUCCGGCUCGUUCUCAGCAGAGACUUCCCCACGCAGUGCUCUGAUUACUUGGAUCCCGCGACAGGACUACUCAGUUUCUCCGUGCAGCUGGCCGUGGGUCCUGCACCUUGUCCCCCCCUGGAACUACCGGUGGUGGCCCUGGUAGCACCCCCUUGUCCUCUCAGCCUAGCUCCGGCCCUGCUGGACCUUGGGCAAGUAUCCACUUACGAGACACUAUUCUCUCCCGUCACCCUCACCAACCACAACACCUCCUGCCCCUAUAACUACGCCUUCGUGGAUCUCCCUCAGGGAGUGAUGAUCGAGCCAUGCGCAGGUCACGGAACUAUCCUGCCUGGAGAGACGUUAUCCCUAGACCUCUUGUACUCUCCCAAAGCUAAAGACAUCGGGGUGGCUUGCGGGAGACCAGGAGAUGAAGGUGAAGUUAACUUCACCCUCCGCUGCUUCACCACCGCCAGUAUGGCUGCCCCCAUGACUGGAACGAAAAAGCAACGUUCUUUACUGCCUCGUAACGAUGUUACUCAUGAGGAAGUAAAAAUAUCGAGUGUCCACGAGGAAACCCCAUCCUGCUGCUCAGACGAGGGAGAUCGCGAGGCUGCUGACUUACAUGCACUCGGGAUUGUGGACGUGGAAGACGAUAUUAGCGAGUUAUCGAUGUCUAUGACAAGCACCAACGUUCAGACCUUCGAAGAUGAAGUGGUGGAUGCAAGCGAUGAGCAACCCAGGGAGAAUAACACGAGUAUUCACACUUUGGAAAAUGAAUCAAAGCAACUUGCGUCGGAAACUGAGCUGCAGUGGAACUAUUACUCGAGUUUCCUGGUGGGGGCACAAGAUUUUGCCACAGCUGAACAAUCCGAGAUCACCCAGGAAUUUCCACAAUCCUUCAACGAAGAUGAAUAUGGGCAAAACCCCGAACAGGAAACCCCGUUUCCGGAUUCAGCAUCAUUAAAGGAAGAUAAUGUAAUUCAGCAGAGAAAAAGAGAAUCUGCAAACAUUACUAACAAUCAAGACAUUACAUCUAAUAGGGAUAGUGUAGAAACUAUUGAGAAAGAAGAUAAACUUAAUCUUACUGUUUCUACACGGUCUUAUGAGAACUCUGAACAAACGGAAGAAGUAUAUUCGGAUCAAAUUACCAGCAGGGAUGUCACCUUACCUAAUCCUGGACAACAAUCCGCCAGGAUCGAUAUAAGAGCUUAUGUGGUGGACCCCCUGGUGGAGCUCUCCUCCCAGAGAGUCAUCUUACCUCAGACUCCCUGCAACAGCUUCUCUCUGGUCCACAUCUACAUCAGAAGCCGAGUACAGAAGAAAUGCAAUUUUCACUGUAAGAGGACAGCUUUUAAAACGAGUUUCGAGUUUCGAUCCUCCUAUGAACACUUGAGGGUCGAGCCCAGGUGCGGAAGUUUGGGGUACAAAGAGAGAGUGAAGAUAGCUUUGGUUUUCAAUCCAAUUUUAAGUCAAAAGGAAAUAUUUAAUAAAGCCUUUGAAAUGAAGAUUGAAUCAAUGAAAUGGAGUAAAAUUCAAGAGUUGUUAGAACAGCACUAUUUAUCAAAGGCAAAACAGCAAUCAAAGAAAUCACGCGUAGAAAAUACCAAGGCCAGUACUGUGAUACAGAAUAAAUCGUCACUAGUAGUAAAAGAAAAUAAAGAAACAAAGAGUAGAGGUGGGAGCGCUAAAAGUAAAUUGAAAGGGAAAGGAAGCGUCGCCACCAGCAAGACGAAAAAAUCAAAGCUGAGCAUAAAGACAACCAAAUUGAAGAAGAAAGAAUCAGGUCCUCUCGCUGAUGUAAUCAUUGACCCUGCUGAUGUGGAAGUGACGGAAGACGACCUCAGGAGUGCUGAGUCUUGGCUGCUGAAGUACAUGGAGCCUCAGACGAGGACAGAGACACUCUACUGUUUGCUAGAGACGGAGUUAGGCAACGAAACUAGGAGGAAGGAGACUCUGGAAUGUGUGGUGGUGUGUCCCAUGGAGGCUCCAGCAAUCGUCCUCUCGUCCUCGGCAUGUCUCGACUUCGGACCGAGGGCUCUGGGGUCUACCUCCAAGAUGAGGGCAGAGAUAACAAACAUCUCCUUCUUUGACGCCACCGUGAGAGUCUCGACACUCGACCCGGUCGGCCAGUUCAUGUGUCCUGCACCGCUAGAGACUACACUGAAGAUAAAUGGUGAACGUCUGGAACUUCCUCCUGAGCAUAUCCUUAGUGUUCCAAUUCUUUUCAUGCCAACUUUGAGCAUUAAGGUUGUUGAGAGGUUCGAGGUGAGGAGUGAGACGACCGUUCUAAAUCUCCAAGUCCGUGGGGAGGGAGUGACUCCUUCCUUCACCUUUAACCCUGACCGCGAGAUCUUCCCCUUGACCUCCGGCUCCGGCAAGAAAGCUGAUUUUGUUAUCACGGUCGAAAACACUUGCACUGCUCCACUUAAUUUUCAAAUAAAGAAGAAAUAUCUGAGAGAAGGAUCGUCAUUACUGAGUAUUGCAAUACCAUCUUCUCCACAGUCCCCUGCUGGCAAAGACAAGCAGAAAAUCAAGCCAAAGAAGGAGAAAAAGACUGAUUCAGAUUUCCAAACGCUAACACCUGAACUUGACAGCUGCUUAGAUAAUGAGUUCACUGACAUGAAAGAAGAUAACCUGGCAGAACCAGUUUUUAAGAUAUUAGAAGUCGAUGAGAAAAAAUUAUUGCAAGUCAAUGAGAAACUCGAAAUUUCUGUUGGAGAAGUGAAGAAAAUUAUAAUUAGGUUCACGCCACCACUCUCUAUCAAAAGUGAAACCGACCAGAAAGAUAGGAAAUUGACAGGGACACCCAGCGGCAAACCCAAAAAGGAUAAAGAGAUGCCGAGUGGAAAGAAAAAGAAGUCGGUAAAAAAUGAAAGUAUUGAUACCGGAAAUACAGAAAAUACAAAGAAAAAGAAAGAAAAGGUCCCCAAAAAGGACAGGGCUGUUUCGGAAAAGAGUCUAGGGAAAGAAAACGAAAUCCCGAGUAAAAAAAUAUUUGCGGUAAAAUAUGAAGUGUUACUAUCAGAUUCUCAAAAGGUGAAAGACUGGGUUUUCAUAGGUACUACGAAGAAAUGAUAAGAUAUUAUUAUGUUUGUUAUUUUAACCCACCAAUAAAAAACUAUUUAAAAUAAAUUAAGU